AUGUCUCGUCGUUUGUCAGUGCGCGAGGAUUCCCACUUUCUAGUGCGUUACGUUUGCGACGACAGCCGUGUGUUCUUCAAGACUCAGUCUGACUUGAAUAUUCAGUGUGGAAAUGAGUAUGACGUUCAGUGGGGCCGGCCUAAGGAAGUCGAUCGAGCUGUGGUCUUGCAUGCUGGAUGUGAGCAGGACAUGAGGGCCAAGCUGCGAGAGAUGGAAGAUACCGAGUGUCUACCAGCCUCUCCUUGGUCAUCAGCUUCUUUGCCACCUUCACCCAUAUCUCCAACUCCACCGCCAUUCCAGGAGCCCAAACGUCGCAAGAAAGAAAAGUCACUUGCAAAACCUGAGAAGCCAAGGGCAACUGUUCUUGCCGUUGGACAACCCCCAACUGUACAACCUGCAGUGCCGGAGCCAGAGCCUGCUGAUCCACCUACCUAUCAGACUGAUGAAGCCCCGUCCACGUCAGCUGAUCCGCCAAUCUGUGAACCACGAACGCCAUCCACUCCAGUUCAGGGCACCACUCCCGUACGGUUCCGUCCCUACCACAACUCCACUGCAGAAGAAGGCACCGGAAGUUCCUUUCAACUGGCCUUGAUGAGGGAAAUGGUGGAAAUGCGUCAAACCAUUGACACCCUGACGAAGAAGUUGGACGCUUCCAACCGCCGCAUUGCAUCGUAUGAGGCCACACAGAAGACUGUGCUCUUGAACACCAACGUCUUGAUCGACUUCGCAAGGAACAUUCGAAGCAAGCGCCAGGAUCCUAUCGCUCCUGUGGCCGUGUCGACAACAUUCUCGCUGGACGACAUACCCGAGGAAUAUGCGAUCGGUGAUGAGGAACUGCGCCAGAUAGUGAGGGAUUCCCGGUAUAUUAAAAUAUAGAUACUGGAGUAUACAAGGGAAUUCGAUUCAUUGCAUAUGAUAUAUUUUUUUGGUCAAAACAAUGAACUUUACCAAUGAAUUGUUUAUCCGUACACUUAUACUACUUUAUUUAUGAAUUU